GCACGAUGAGACUGAGAGGUGAGAGCUACAGCUGGUAGCGACAGUAAGACUUGUUCAUAUCAAUUGUAUCUGAAUCUGAUUCUGUCCUGGUGAGAAAAGCAAAUAAGUCUGUCGUGUUCAUGAUCAUGUGCGUGAUCAUAUACGAGCAAAUGCUGUAGCUGUAGGUGUAGUUUCAUUCAAGAGCGGAUCGAUACGAUUAUGCGUAUGCACAUCUCUUCCUCCUACCUUCACAGGUUUUACAACUACUUCGUUGGUUCUUGAUGUUGUGAGCUUCACAAGCUGUUGCAUGUGUACUACGAAUUGUGUCUUGACGUCGAAGACGGUACAUUUUGUACACCCUGGAAGAUAAUCUAGAGCAGUAGUUUGAUGUGACGCGACUUUUUAUUCACUUUGAAUUUGGUUGAGAAUCGUAAUCGACUUGUGAACAUGCUUGUUAUCAUCUUCAUUUAAUUAUUUCAAGUAGAGCAUGCUGUUAUUUUUGACAUCCUCCUGCAUUUUCUUCAUCCUUGUUGCUAUUGAUGGUUAGAGGUUGAUGUAUAUAGUUAAUCGGAGUCACCUUGUGUGACGAAGUUGCGGAGGCACUCUCUUUUUUCGUAUCGUUCUAUCUUAACUCGUUAUCGUUCGCCUCCCCCACCAGCCUUCAUAUCACGUUUCUGUUAGAUCAUAGAUACACCCACUUUGUCUUUGGUGGGACAUCUUGUGCAUGCUUUAUGCGCGCACAAGAACCCACAAGUUUUGGCUACCUACCCAAACUAGAAUUCUUCUACAUGAUUGAAUUCUUCUACAUGAGGACUACAACAUUCAUACAUUACAUAAAUUCAGUAUAAUAGUGCCCGCUUUGCUCUUUGCUAGAAGCAGUAGCAGUAGGUUGUACUGUUUAUAAUACAACAAGCGCAGUCUUCGUCUUGCGUAAUAAAUUAUAUCCAAGAGAACAACCGAUACCAAAAGCAAUUGGUCUACCUAUACAACUCAGUACCUCAUCGUAUACCUCCUAGUAUUCGCGCUUUAAUUCAUCUAUGAUUACACCAUCAACGACGUGCUCCUGUUAUCUUCGAUAAAGCCUACUAAGCCACUGCAAAGCUCUUAAUUCAUCGAAUUCGGACUUGGUGAGGUAUGGUAACGGGUCAAACUGUGGACGGCGAAUCAAAUCCUAUCCUAUCCUUGGUCACCCGGAAGCAAGGCGAAGGGGCUCUGUCGUGAGUCUUACCUUCUUAGAAGCUCGUUAACUCGGUGGUUGAAACAAGGCCGGUCGUGUCUGACAGAGGGAGGUCUCAUCUUCUUCUUGUGCUUCUUUUUCUUCUGCUGCCAACUACACCGAUCUUCACGACGACCCUGUUGAAGAAGAAGAGACUGAGUAGACCCACAGCACCUAACUUGACCUAGAAGAGGAUGGCGAACAAGAUGAGGGGCCCUUCCGCUUUUGGAGGCAAUAACAAGAUAGCGCUAGGUGCUGGUGCUGGCCUUGCAGAUGUCGAGGGUUACUUUCAUCGCGAACCAGAGACCACUGGCAGCACGCAUCCUCUGGUUGUGGGAAGUUUAGCUCCUGUCUGGCACCAAGACCUUGGUUCUGUACCUUCUCCUGCCAACAGUAAGAACAGCAAGUCCACUACCCGCUUUCUCUGCAGAGCGUUUAGUGCGAGGAAUAAGCCGCAGCACCAUGGAAACGAGGAUAGGUUUUUCUGCGAAGAGCAUGUACUGGAAGAAGCUAGUCCGAAUGCCGCGGCUUUAAACGGUGCUCCUUGUCCACCCGCGUCGACUGAUAUGUUUUUAUGUGGCGUGAUGGACGGACAUGAUGGAGCUCUAGCUGCUGAAGUUGUAGCAGAGCAAUUGCCUUCUCGUGUGAUGCAAGGGCUGUUUAAUGAGCGGAAGAGCAUGCAUGAGGCACACGUUGCGGCAUUAGAAGUUUGCGAGCGGCGCAUGAAGCAACGUCGAAGCACCGCUGGUGCGUGCGUGAAUAGCGUAGCAGUGCACAAUGGCGUCGUUUACUGCAGUAAUUUAGGCGAUUGUCGCGCAUUGUACGUUCCCUUGGGGGGAUUGUUCCCACAUUAUCAUGGGGAGAAGGGAAGCGAGGACCACGAGGGAACUACAAGUGGAAAAAUUACAACAACAAUUAACGGAGGAGCAGAAGGGCAGCAAGAACAGUCAUUUAAGAUUUCAACGACAACAAGUGCGACGAGUGGUGGAGAUGAUCCUCUACUCGAUGAACAAGUAGAUCCACCUAGCGCUCCGUUCGAAGAUACAUCUGCUGCAGGUCCUUUUAAGAAAUCCAGAAAGACCAAGGUAAUGCCGGGAAUGGAGGAUCCAGCUUCCACAACCGGUGACUCAACCUCUUCAGAGACUGGUUCAACCUCGGCUAACGAGGAUUACGCCUCGGCGGGAAGUAAAAGUAAUGGUCUAGUACCAAUCCAAUUGCCGAGUCGUGACCAAGAUCUGGAGGUCGAAGGUGGAGGUCCUCCUCGCGGAACAGGGCAGCAGAGAAGAGGAAGUUCAAAACUGAACAAACCUAUAUCGGACUUCGGCUUAGCUCCGCCAAAGGAUUUGCUGGGUAAUUUUUUCAACAAGAACAAUUAUACUGCAGGAGGGCUGAAAAGCAACGCCGGAUCGGGAUCACCUGAAGACCCAGAAGUACUGCAAAUGCAACAUCACAAUUGUUCCCUAAAUGCAGCCAAGCAAGGGGUAGUACUAGGAAAAUUUCAAUGGCUAAGUCGUGACUUCAGGGCAAGCAGAGCAUAUGAAAAAACAAGGAUUCGCGCACUAGGCUAUCAUCACAUAGUCGGAGGUCGAAUCGCAGGUUGCCUCGAGCCAAGCAGAACGAUCGGCGACUUGGAUAUCAAAGUACUUAUAGAUACAUCAUACUACGAUUUAUUAUUUAGAUACCUGAAGAUGAUAAGUAAAGUAGACACGCAGGACAACAUUUGCCUUUCCGAUGGCGUAAUUUUAUAAUAAGUGAUAUCGAUGAGGAGGAACUCUGUCGUAACAUUGCAUGAAAGCACAAAUUCGAGUUCUCUGUAUCGAACGGCCUGCAGGAUCAGUGCAUCAGUUCUUACUACAAGCAACAACAUAUCAAAAAAAACACUUACCUCUUGUUAGGCACUUUCAUGAUUCAUUCAUUCAUUCAUUCAUUCAUUCACUUUAUCCUCACAGCAACAAAUCCCGUUCGAUGUGAUUUCCAUCGUUCCGGAGACGCGGUACGUGGACAUGUGGAAGGUUUUUCCCGAAAAUAACCCCAAUCUGCCCCAAUCUGCCACGCAGCCCAACGGCGCUUGCAUCCAGGGUAUCAUCAUCCAGGGCACCGACGGCUUGUGGGAUGGUCUGGGUGGGGACGACAUCUUCCGAUGUUUGCGACAGAAUGAGCAUCACUUGCAAGAGAUGCAGAGAUAUUUGGCCGAGACGAACGACAAGGACUUUGAUCCGGACCAUCCUGGAGUCGUGGAUCUGCUGGAAAAACUGGCCAUGAAAUUGGUUCACAUAUCGCAUGGCAAACCGGAGGUAACGGAUGACUGCACGGCAGUUGUGACAGUUUUGAGUAUAAACGUCCUCUAGCACCACUGGGGGAUGUUGAAUACGAGGAAUAGAGACUACGGUACUACAGCCGUAGUCGUUGUCACGUCGAUAUUGAAUGAUCAUGUAGAACGACCACGUCUGCGACAGCUGAAGAUGAACGGGUGAGCAUGAUAGAUAGAGAACCAUCAAAAAUAGUAGUAAUAAAUAGUAGAAUAGAGAGACCCAUGAUAUUAGUACUUCUUCUCGAUUAAUACCCUUAGCUUCCUCUACAAAAGUAUUCACCUGGUUUAGCUUGUCUCCUUACAAUUCCGUGUUCAGUUGGAGUUGUGGUCCCGUUUGGUUCCUUGACAAUCAUUGUCUCGUCCCUGUCCUCUACGUCUCGUUUUUUUUUUUUUAAAGACGAUCCCUGCAUUAAUCCCCUUUCAUCGCUGCAUUAAUCCCCUUUUUAUCUUGGACUUUCCUCGACGGCUCCUCAUCAACCGAAGAGGGACUUUGCUUGCCUAAAAGGGUCUUCUCCCGCAGAAACAGUGAAGAAGAUAAGUAGGCAAUGCAAAAACGUAAACGGGCAUCGCAUCUAGCUCUGCAAAAGCUAUCGAGUUUGAGUAAAAAACUAUGAAAAGCGAAGUUCUUGAAGGUCAUAAUUAAUUUCAUCCUUUCUUGUUGUAGUUGUCGUUUGGAGAAAUAAUACAGCUUUCGGAAUAGACCCUAGUACAAAAACUUGUAAAGGACUACUGCUCGCCCGUCAAGGAUACAAAGAGGCUCCUAGUAGUAGUGCCAGCAGUUCUUACUUGACACAAAGUCUUCUUUGUCUUCUAAGAGGGAUCAUCCAUAUCGUGCACUUUUGCGAAGGUUUAUUUCAAUCUAGUAUUCUCAGACAGCCAAUUUUUGGUCUAGGAUGUCAAUUUUUUUUAAUUUUGGAAGCGAAAGCGACAAAAUUUGGGAGAUUAUGAGAAGGCUUUAGAGACGACUUAUCUCCUUCUAUCUUGAAUACUGUUAUCAGAACCAACUUGUUUUACCACAUCUCCUGAAAGAAGAUGGUAGUUUUGUUGUAUAGCUCAUGCAUCAUGGAAGUAGCAAGAUGCUGUCCCUUUUCCAUCACAAGGCUAAAAGGAAGUCGUGAACACCCCAAAAACAAAAAGGACCCCAUAAUAUCCUUGUGUCCAGCAAAACCCUUUUUUAAUUCUGUAUGUUGUAAAAAGUAUUUACCCUGUACCUGACCGCCUACUUGCUAGCUUAUUAGUAUUAAUACUUAACCAGUUUUGACAGAUCUUGGUGUUGGUGAAAAUGAAAGUAACUACGAAGAUGAGCAACUAUUUCUAAACCCGACGAACAUCUUCUGAAAAAAAAAACACUGAAAAUUAUUUUGCAUCAUCGUUCAAGUACAUGCACGUUUGUUAGUUCUUGUAGCUCGACUACUCUGCAGCGACUGCAUGUCUUCGUAUCAUGAUGUACGUGUACAGGAAGAACUCAAAAGAAGAUCUUGCUCAUCUUUUUUGAUUCAUUGUUGAUCCACAAGCUUUUUCGUGUAAAGCACACGUCCCUUCAAGGUCUACAUCAACAUCCCCCAGCUAGUACCAAACCUAUUAUAGUAUUACGCAGUACAACCAUCAUAGUAUCUUGGAGAAUACAACCCAUACCCAGCUAACUACACUGUAUUUUUAGAACCUGCUAUACCUACUACGUACAAGUACAAGAAUUGUAGUACUAACACGACUAGUAUCUUCUAUACAUUUGCAAAUGAUGUCUACUACAGAUACUAGUAAAACUUCUGUUACCAUAAACAUGGAGUAUUAAGAUCGACAGGUAAAUCUGCGGACGGCGGACAGGACCUUCCUAAUCCUAAUCCUAACGAGAAACCUCCACAAGUUUGAACGAGUAUGAUAUUGCCCAAUCGCGUCAAGACAAAAUCAAAAAGAAUCACAGUCAUAUUCAGUUGAAAA